AUGGGUCGCAAGAACCAAGCCCCAGAGACAUCCUUCUCCCCUCCCCUCCCUCCCUCUCAUUACCUCGUCCACCUCGGCGCUCCUCAGGGUUCCAACAACUUUCUCUCUUUCGACACGGCUGGAGAAGAGAGAUUGGUAGAAGUCUCAAAGCUGUUGAGAAGAAACAAGGGGCUGAUCGUUAUGCGAGGCGACUUUGCAAUCAUCAAUCUCUUCCCUAUACAGCCUGAUGAGAAAACCUCAAGGCUUGUAGGCGAGAUUGUUCACAUCAUGGAUAGAUCAGAUAUCAAAGAAUGGAAGAAAGCCGGUGCUUGGCCGGAAGGGUUCGGGGAAGAGCCUGCACCUCCUCAAGAGGCCGAAGAGGCUGAAGAGGCUGAAGAGGAGGAAGAGGAGGAAGAGCAAGAAGGAAACGAAAGUGCAUAG